UCGUCCAAUCAAAGCGGUUUCAAUUGGGUAAGUCCCGCCCACGUGACAUGGACGCUCACGCGGGCUUCCUGUGGAUUCUGGGCGCUGCUUGGGUCCUCCGAACAGUUGUGCGGGUUGUUUGUUGUGCCUCCUUUUAAGAGAUAAUGACUAACUUAAGUAUUUGGGAAGUUUCUUUUGGAACUUAACGACGCCUCGCGACGUGUCCGCACCAGUGUAUAGAGACAAACCUCGAGUUGGACAAGAACCGAGCUCUCGGCGGUCUUCUGGAGUGUCGGACUCCUAGACAUUACAGAUGGUCUUCACCUGCUGAACUGAGGUCGAGCCACAUUUGGCUGUCACCCUCCAUUCCAAACCAUGGCGGAAAGUUUCUACAAGCUGGAAGAUGAAGCCUUCCCCAGUUUCCUCUGCAAGUCCCUGGAAAGCACCGUCGGCCGCGCCACCCUGGGGAAUGUGACACUGGGUUCAGGCCCAGGACUUCCAGUGGCUGCCUCCACAGUGGCUAAAAUUAAACCCGGCUCUGACAACAGAGGAGAUCCUGUUGAGGCUUCAUAUCUGGAGGCCAACUCGCAGUCAUCUGUUCGAGAACAGCCCAAGUUUGCCCUCAGCUUCAAGGAUGACUUGGACAAUGCGGAUGACUUCAUUGCCGCCCACCGUCUCUCAGACAUGCUGGUGAAGAUUCAUUUGGAUGAAAGCGCAUCUCAAAACCGAGGCUCCAUGCUGGGGCUCCCUACCACGCAGAUGGGCUCAGUCCACGGCCGGCACACAGAACUUGGGAUGGAUCUGUCAACAGGCCUUCUGACAUUUGCUCAUUUUGGACAUCUAGACAGCACGGAUGCAACGGUACACAUUUUGGUGCCUGCGAAUCCGUUCUCGUUUCCUGGGCAGUUCAAACAGGCUCAGCCUUUACCAGCUACAGCCGAGGAGGACAACGUGCAGAGUGAGGGAGAGGACAGUGACCAUUUCAGUGGCAGCAACUCGAGCUUCCUGGUGAACGAGAAGCUCAUGUGUGUGGACAGCAUGAACAGCGACAUCACAGAUGAUGACAUUGAUUCGAACGACUUGCCUGAUGAUGAGCUCGAGCAGUAUUUCAAUAAUCUGGUGCCUCCUGCCAUGCAGAGAGGCAGAGUGGAGGGCCAAGAGAUUCCUGCAACAGGACUCCCCGGUGUUACUGACAACACAUCAAACCCAAGUUCCACAGAACCAGACCAGUAUAGACACCAGUUCCUGGAUGACUACAAUCAGGAGGACUUCCAGAUGCCGGAUGUGCGUCUGGCUGCUACGGGUAUGGACUCGUGUCCUGCCAGCGACGAGGACACCGAGGACGAGCUGGAGUGUGUCAGAAGGGGCAGCAGUGCCACCAGGACCCGGCUGCUGCCCAGCACCUCCAGACAACUGGUUGGAGAGAGUAACCGUCCCAGUUUCAGGCCGGGCUUAGAGGGAGGCAGUUCUGAUGACGAGGCUUCCAGCGGCCGCGGCGGUCCAUCUCUGUCUGGGAUCGAACACAGACGAUCUGCUGAGGGACAAGUCAUCAACCCUCCAGUCACGGGGGAUGGAGGAGGUGGGGAUGGGAGCAGUGGGAGUGAGGAAAGCGGAAACGACGGAGGAGUUUCGACCAUCCCCCUCCCGACGCCCGUCGUCCAGACCACCUAUGAUGUCCUGCGCGGUCUGGGGAUCGCGGGGAGCAGUGCUGCUGGCGAGGAUGAGGACGGCGACCUGAAUCUGCCUGGACACGGAAGGAGCGGUCUCUCCAGACAUACUGAGAUGGGCGACCGUGUGGGUCCUGUAGGAAUAGGAGAGGUCAGCUCUUUUGGACCAUCGAGGGGAACUCGGAGGCUUUCUCCCGUCAACUGGAGCAUGGUCCUGGACCGACAGGAGGCACUGGAUGCGAUGGAGAGCACCGAGUCUGGGCCCACUGUGGACCGACUGCUGGACUCAGCCUACCUGAGGAGUGGAGCUGGACUCGGGAGACCUCAGGACUCGGCAAAUCUAACUUUCUCCCACCUUCAAGGCACCCAAGGAAGCUUCCACCUCUCCCAGGUGCUGCUGCCAGAAUGCGAUGAUGAUGAUGAUGAUGAUGAUGAUGGAAUAGAUGAGCCUGAUGGAUCCAGGCCUUGCUUGGGCCUAAGGGGUGGGCCUUGUGGUGAAUUGACAGCAGCAGAGGCCUCGGACAGCACCAGUGAGGACGGCAACAAUCCCCUUUCCACCUCGCUGGAACUCAAGUACUUCUCCCAGAGCUUCCACCAGGACCGAGAGGAUUCAGAUGAUGGUUGGAACCAUUGCCCAGCCAACCUGGAGAUGGAGUUUCAACAAGGGGCCAAUGCCACUCAUAGUGUGGUGUACCAGAACGAAGAGGGGCAGUGGGUGACCGACCUGGCAUACUACUCCUCCUUUGAGAAAGAGGUUGACGGGAAGACAUCGGAGAAUGUUGCCCAGUUUCAGACUGAAGACUUUGUUCCUGCCAGUGAUGCUAUAGGAAAGAUAGUUAAGGAUCAAGAGGAAUUUGAGAAGGAGCACCAAUUCAUGCAGGAGGAGCAGAUUGAACCAGCCAGCAGCAACAGCACCUUUCAAAGCGACUCCUCUUGGAAGGCCCCCACCAACAGCCACGUCCUGAUGAGGGCCUCCCAGGUCUCCUCUGAGUUCAAGCAGGGGGACCACAGCUACCUGCGACUGACUUUGGGGCAGUUUUUUGGACAGCGCUCUGAAGCCCUGGGCUGUCUGGGUAGCGCCGAUGAUGUGGAUUGGGUGAAACGGCCGUCCUUCGGCUACAUCAUCACCUCUCCAGAGAAAAGGGAACCGUUUCCCCUGAUUCACCCCUCAGACUUCUCAGCUAGUCGCAAUUCUCCUCACAGUGACACCAUGGAGCUCAGCGAAGCAGACAAAACCCUCAACCCAGAGGACCUGGACAAAACUCUCGAGGCACCAGGUGAAAGGAUGUCAUCGAAAGGUGUUACUGAUCCAGAACCACGUGAACAGGAGGACCACGCUGGUAGAGCUGCACUACCUGACCACACUGAGGCCUCUGGCUCUGAUUCGAGCCCGGGAAACCAAAGCUGCGUGUCCCCCAACAACAGCAGCCACCUGAUGCUGAGUAUUAGCACAAUCGCUUCAGCCAUUGCCGACGCGUCCAUCAGCACCGACCCGUCGCAGCUGGCUGCCAUGAUCGUGGAGCUGACCAAGAGGAGCAGGGCGAGGAAUCGACCUGAGUCGGCAGGACUUGUUGGACCUGCUGUCAACUGCACAGAGGAACCACGCUCUGCUGAGCAUAUCCUCCCUGAGCCAGAGCAGAGCGGCCUGCUGGACGCACUGCAGAGGACCUGUGUCGGAGAGCUGAGCGCCUUCGACAUGGAGAAAUACCUGAAAAAGGCCGAUGUGUCGGGCAGCAGCGAUGUCUCUGCGGGGCACACUAUCUUUGACCUGACCGGCUGGGCCGACAACCUCAGCAGCUCUCACAGGAGCCCCGAGGCAGGACAUCCUGAGGAACAUGGGAGCUCAGGUCAGCGAGUGGAUAGCGAGACUCUACAGAAGCCCACGAGAACAGAAACGGAGGACAAAGACGGAGGAAGAGAGACGACAGUAAACACUAGCUCAUCGUUAUCUCCAGGUCAUAAGGGCCUCUCAAAAAGAAGCUCUAUUCCUCGUCCUCGUACAUCUUUCAGCUCUUUCAGAAGGUCUGUGGGCUCAGGGCAGGCCUCCACUGUCUCGCCUCCUGCAAACAAAAUGACAGCAUGCGAGAAGACAUGUGCUUCCUCCAGCAGGACCCUCACAGAAAAUGGUGUAAAGCCAGGGGAACUGAACCCACAAGCAUCCAGCAAUACUAGGUCUUCCCUCGAAACAUCACAAAAGAGUGAUGAAGGCUCUGCCGCCUCACCUGGCUUGCCAAGUAUCCCACCAGGCCUGAGAACGGGUCAGUCAAGCCUGCCUUGUUUUAAAGGUUCCUCUCCUCCGCCACAGAGGGCGAGGACUGCAGGCCAGCAGCAGGACAUACGGAGUCAUUCUCCAGAGAAGAAACCACCACCACCCAGGAAUAUCUCAGCCGCUCCGCUACCUCGCAGGUCUCUGGAGAAACAUGUUGGCUUCUCUUGCCAAAACACUCAGCCUCCGCUGGACUCUGUGUCUGAACUGCUGAAGGGUUUCUCUGAGCCCGGUGUGGAGGAGACUCAGUGUAACUUCAGACCGUCCACCUCCCCGCUCACUCACUCCUCUCCAAGUCAGACCUCCGUUCCCAGUGCUGAUGGUAUGGCGUCACCCGCGUCGUCCAGCGGUGGUCUGGCAGACAACCGUCCAGGUGUCGACCUCUCUCCUCAGUCUGCCUGCUCCAGCCCGAGUCCCAGCAGGCUCACGUACAUCUCAAUGAACGAUGGCACUGUCGUACCUACACCUGACAGGCAAAAGAACAACUGCACCAUGGCACUGAGCACCACCAUCAUCCGAUUCAGUCCGACUCCCCCCAUGGAACCAGAUGCACAGUCCGACCUCGAUAUUCUCGGCCGGCCCAAAAGCCUGGACCAGGUGCAACCACAACAUUCUAAAAGUCUCGACCCGCUACCAGCACAGCAGUGUAAAAGCCCGGAGCCCUCCCGCAGUGCUUCUGGUCUGAGCUGCACACGCAGCCAGAGUGAAUGUAACUACCACUACCAUGGGGACAGAAUUGGAGAGCUCUCAGCAGGUUGCAGGAACCACAAGCAACUCUCCGAGUACAACGCGAGACAGCUCACUAAACAAGUGGACUCUGGCUACUGCAGCAAUGUGAACAUCCAGCAGAGCAGCAGCAGCAGCAGCACCGCAGCUCCCCAGAGCUCGCAGCAGUGGGGCGCUCCUAGCUCGGUGUAUGCUGGUGGGCUCGGCAUGCCUCCGUCCUACUCGUCAGACGGACUUCACUAUGUGCCCAUCCCCAGCUUUAAGCCCAAAUGUGCUGGCUUGAUUGACCUUCCCCACCAAGCAGAUAUGCAGUCCCUCUUCACUGGGUGCGCUCUCUUCAACCCCCAGCUGGCUCAGCAGUAUUUGGGACCCGAAGCUCCAUUGCAUCCUGGUGGCUACCAUGUGGGAGCAACAGGAAAUAGUCUCUUCAGCGUGUCCUCCACAGGCAUACCCAACAGUAAUCUCACAGUGAGACAUGUCCAUCCCGCAUCAGGUCAUCUGGGGAUUUCUGGGUCUGCUGGGACCCAUCACCUCCCCAGACCCCAUCAGGGCCAGCAGGACUUACACUAUAGUCACUAUGGUUCAGAGCCACUGGUGGCAGGUGGUCUUGAGGAGCUGAGAGGCCAUGUGGUGGUGCCAGAAGAACUGCGGUUCCCUCACGCCUGCUGCGUCGGCAUCGCCUCACAGACCUCCCUCAGCCUCUUCAACCCCUCCGAGAGAUGGCAGCAGGUGUCGAUCGCUGUCACCAGCCUGGCCAUCGAUGGAGAGAAGGUGGACAGCUUGCCGUACCAGUGGCUUAUAGUGAAGAACAAGACGAUCAUUGCCCCCAAGAGUACAGAGGAGCAGAAGGUGUUGUUCAUCCCUCCGCAGGCUGGCGUGUACCAGUGUGUCUUCAGCGUUUGCUCCUGGCCCGCAUCAGCGGAGACGGAGGUCGCUGCCAGGGCCAACAUCUUUGCUAAAAGGGUGGUGCUGUUUGCCAUAGCAGAGAAUCCUGCACUAGAGGUUGAAGUAAGCAAAUCUGGCUGUCUGGAUUUUGGAGACCUUCCUGGAGGCGGCGCCAAAUCUCUUCCUCUCAAACUGCUCAACAGGACUCAUGCCACAGUGCCCAUCAGGCUGGUCAUCAGCGCUAACGCUACAGCUUGGCGAUGCUUCACCUUUUCCACGCAGCCUGUCUCCGCUACAUCUGAGGCGGCGCAGCAGGCUGGACACAUGACAGCGGUACCCUCCCCCUCGGUGAUGAAUCACGUGAUGCAUGCCAGCUACGGAGAGAAUCCACAGGGCUUCAUGGUCUGGGUUCACUUCAAGGCCCCUCAGAAGUACACUGUUUCUUCAGGAGAGCUUGGUCCGGCAGAUGAGUACAGUGCUCGGGUGGACAUUGAAGUGGACUCUCCUGGUCCUAGUCAUGUGAUCAGGAGUAUUCUCCUCAGGGCCAGGUCUGGAACGGCACGGGUCCAUGCUCCUAAAGACCUGCAGACUGUCAGCCUGUCUGCUCCAGCGGGUAAAUCCAGUCAACAGACGCUGCCAUUGAAGAACGCAGGAAACAUUGACGUGCAGCUGAAGCUCAAGGGCAGCGAUGCUGAGGACAGUUUCUCCGUGACACCUGAUGAACUGUCUCUGCGAAUGGGAGAGGAGCAAAGCAUCGUGGUGUCCUUCAAAGCACAGGCCAGCAGGAAAUGUCGAGAAAGCCUUCUCACCAUCCUGGUGCUGCCAUCGGGUCCUCAGUAUGAGGUAACCCUGAGAGGAGAAGUUGUCCCAGAGGACUCUGGGAAACCUGCCAUUCCCUCUGCUGCCGUCUUUGGUCCCGGCGUUGCCGAUGACGUUCCUCCAAUUCUCUCCAACAAGCAGUUCGUAGCCUGGGGAGGGGUCACUCUGGGACGAGCUGUCCAACAGAAGCUGGUUCUCAGGAACAACUCGAGCCACUCCACACAGCAGCUGCGGCUGCUUAUUCGUGGUCAAGACCAGGACUGUUUUCAGCUCCAGAGCAUGUUCAGUCUUGAAGAGCGUCUGACCCGACACGGGGAGCUGUCCAUCCGUCCCAGAGAGGACGUGACCGUCCACCUGCUCUUUGCUCCCACCAGGGUGGCGUGCAUGUUGGCCAAGCUGGAGAUCAAACAGUCUGGAGUCCGGCCCUCUCAGCCCGGGGUCAAAUUCACUAUUCCUCUGUCGGGCUACGGCGGGACGAGCAACAUCAUCCUGGAGGACCAGAGGAAGCAAGCAGACGGAUACGUGGCAACGCUGAGCGGCAUCGCCGUCAGCCGCGUCAGCAAAGUGUGCCUGUGCGUGAGGAACACGGGCUCCAGAGCAGCGUACAUCAAAGCCGUGGCCUUCUCCGAUGUGCAGACACGAUCGGUCAUGGAGCCCUCUGUCAUCAGCCUGGCCCCGUCACAGUUUGUACUGAAGGAAAGGACGCAAGAGGUGAUCACUGUGCUAAUGAAGUCCACCCAGAGAGAACAGGCCCUGUGUCAGUCGGCCAAUGCACUGCUGGCUACUGUCUGUCUGUUUUGUGGAGAUGAGGUCUCCAGGCAGCAGUAUAGGAGAUUGCUUCAGAGUAAACCUGAGGCUGUGCGGAAGGCUCUGUCUGAAAACAGUCUGAAAAACAUCAACUUCAAUGAGAAGUUCCUGGGAGAGGACAUCGUCACAGAGACCUACGACCUGCCCCAACGGCCCAACGAGGCUCACAUUUUCUACGGAAACAUGAGCAAGGUAGUGGUGUCGUUGCUGGGAGGCACGAAGAGCACGGCCGCUGAGCAGAGUGACCACACUGAGCUGCUGCUGCCCUCUUCCAGACACCGUCCAGAGACACACAGCAGCUUGGCCAACGGCAAUGUGUCUCUGGACGUGCUGCCGGUGAAAGGUCCCCAAGGUCCAGCACUGAGAGUGGCAGAUCCCUCCUUAAAGGCUUCAGAGCCAUUGCACAGGCAGUCUGAGUCCUGGACCAUCCACCCAGAACAACUUGUCCUUGCAGCUCCCACCAUCAACGGCACAGCCAGCACCAGUCAGGUUCAGAUCCGGAACAAUACAUCCAGAGAGCUGAGCUUUGAUUUGUCCUGGCCCGCUCACUGCCUCACCAUCACCCCUCAGCAUGGAGUUAUCGAGCCCCAGUGCCACCUGCAGAUUUUGAUCAGUCCCAACCCUUCACUAGCAACGAAGUCUACCCUGCUGCCGUGGAGCGGACAGAUUUAUGUCCAGUGUGACAGUCAACAGAAGUUUAUUAAGGUCCAGAUUCGCGGGGACCUGGCUCUGGAUGUGUCCGCGACCCCAGCAGACACCACCCUGUCAGCCCUGCCUCCUCAGGCUGCCACCCCGGUGCUGCCUGUGGCCAGGCUCGCUGCCAGGCCCUCGCUACCUCCGCAGGCCCCUCAAGCCCUGGUGGAGAUCAGCAACAAGACCAUCAUGUUCCCCACCACCCCCUCAGGGGAAACAUCAGAGGCUCAGCUGGAGGUGCAGAAUGGGGACGGUGAAGUGAGGUGGUACCUAUCAUCAUUUGCUCCUACAUAUGUCAAGGGCGUUGACAACACGGGAGACGUCUACCGGGCCACUUACACUGCUUUCAGAUGCUCCAGGAUCUCAGGCGCUCUGGGAGCUUAUGAGAAGAUGCAGGUGCCCAUUACUUUCCUGCCCAGGGACAGAGGGGACUAUGCCCAGUUUUGGGACUUGGAGUGCCACCCUGUGUCUGAGCCCCAGCAGAAAACCAGAAUCCGCUUCCAACUCUGUGGCACUGGUAUGAAGUCUGGACCAGUGGAAGGACCACAGGAAGGAGACUGCUCUCUGGUGAAGACUGAGGCCACGGUCAAGACCCGGAAGAGGGCUGAUGCUUCGGCAGGCAAGACCAGUCAGGAGGAGGCGGUGAGGAGGGGUGUGUACUCCCCACAGGACCUCUACACCUUCCCGGCCACGCGGACGGGAGAAUCCAGCACCCUGAAGGUCAACAUCCGCAACAACUCGUCUGACACGCAUGAGCUGAAAUUUGUAAACCCUACGGAGCCCUUCCACAUCAAGCAUUCCAAAUAUUCCCUGAGGUCGCAGCACUAUCUGAAGCUGCCCGUUCACUUCAAGCCCAGUACUGCAGGCAGACACGCUGGCUUGCUGCUCAUCCAGUCGGAGACAAGUGGAAGUCUUGUUAUUCAGCUGACCGGUGAGGCACUGCCUUGAGUCUAACAUCCUACUCCACCUCCUCAUGCUGGCUGGCUCUGGGUGGACGAGAGCACCAAGAGAGGAAAACUGCAAACGGCUAUGGAUCAAAUGAAAGCCUUGAAUCUGUCCUAUAUCUACAGCUCUGGAGAUCUACUUAGUGGCUGUUUGACUGGAGAGGACUUGAGACUCUACUGCCAACACGCCCCGUCUGCUUCUGGAUGUGGCACAGGUGUCCUCAGCUGGCUCGCAAAAAAAAAAAAAAAGAAAGAAGUUUGCAUCCCGUUUUGGCACCCGAAUGAUUUGGUCUGGCUGGCUCAGAAUUAGUCUGCACGGCUCUGACAUUUCACAGAGCUAAUGAUUUCUGUCACUUUACUCCGGAUCUGGUGUUGGCCUCGUCCCAGAGUCGCGUCACAAGGCAGCGUUGUUGUCUCCACGGCCGCUGUCAGACGGUGCCAGUCGGGAUGCGUUGCUUUGAGUUGGUCACACACGAAGGCCUUUUGCUCUGGGGAUUUUUUUUGUGUCUCGACCCUGAUUAAGACUACAUGAGAUUUAAAGACUCCCUUUGUUGUUUUUUGUCUACAUUUGAUAACAUUUCCCUAGUCUUCAGUGCCGGUGUGGUUUCUAUGGAAAUGGCUCCUCUCUCGGAGGCCACCUGCACAGUGGCCUUUGUCGACGGAGCCACGUGUUGACUUCCCGGCAACCUCCCAGGCUCGUUUCCAAGCGGUCCAGAUGUACUUGAUUUAGUCUGGAUCGCUGCGGCUGCAUUAGGAUGGAUAAUGAUUGUUAUUACGUGCUAACAGAGUCUCCUUCUGGUGGGGUUUUUGUUCGGCAGCUCGCCAGGCCCGCUUAGUAUGGUUACCAUGGCAAAACGGUGUUAAUCACCGUUCCAGUCACAGAAAAUUACCUCCCCGCUUCCUAUUUUGGCUCUGGGGCAAAUGGCCAAAAUUGCUUGGGGGAGGGGGGGGUUUAUUGGAUUCGCAUCAUAAUUAUUUUUGGAGCUAGAAUAUCAUGGGGAAGCACACGUAAACUUCAUCAAGGAUGUGUUGUUAACCUGUUAGGUACCAAACGCUGUGGCAACAGCAUUGUAGAGCAUUGUAGAGCUCCUAGUAGAGCAGGUUCUGAUAUGAAGGCAGUGUGUUGUCACAGGCUGCUAUCCUGACAUACUUGGAUACACAAUUUGCACAUGCUUUAAAUAGUAUAUAAUGUAAUAUAUUGUAUGUACACAUUUUAAAUAAAGUUUUGUGAUAAAUA